AUGAAGAAAAUUAAAUUACACCUUCCCGCCGCCAUUUUGAAAGCCGCACUUUGUCUUGUCUCCGCACUUCUGGAUAUACUUGAUCUGCGGACUUUUCAUAGGUUGUAAUAAAGGUUAACCGCGGUCAAACGCACGAGCAUGCGCAAUGCACUCGUAUCCGGUCCCGGCCGGGGAAAUUUCCCGCGCGAAAUUUUAAUUGAAACCAUUGCAGAGACCGGUGUCAAGCAAAGUAUAGUUGAACAAUCGUCAGAAAUACGCUAAAGUUAAGCGAAAUACUUCAAAGUGAAGGUUUUUGUUUUCACAGUUAAUAGUUAGAUAAAUUUUCAUUAUUCUCCGAGUUCACUAAAUUGUUUUGACCUUCACUAAAAAAGUUCUUCGUGUUAAAAGAGCCGACAUGCGAAAGCUUGUCGUCGCCAUUUGCUUAGCCUUGUUUACUGAAUGUCGCCGUUCCAAUGCGUGACGAGUCCACGAAGGGAGAAGCCAACAGGAAGAGAAAACUGUAGUCAAAAACAGCUCCGGAGUGUUGAUUAAGUUUUAUCGAGGGCAGAAGGGGUACCUGCUGAAGGAUCAUGGCCUUGCCUGAGGCAUAGAAACGCGAUACUUGCCAAGGACAAACGCUGCUCCUGUCCGUCUUCGUGGGGACACAGUAAAACCAUUUAAAAUUCCAAUCCUCGAGAGACUGUAUGCAGUAUUUGACGAGGUGGGCAGGAACAACCUGACAACGUUACCGACUACAAACCUCGGACAAAAUGGUGCAAUAAUUAUGCAGAAGCAACGCAGUUAAUAAAUCUCUUCACUCCAAAAACAAACGAAAGAGACAUCAGAAAAUAUGGUAAACCACACUUUACUAAAAUUUUGUUCUCAGCAAUUUGAAUUCAUUGUCCUCUCAUUUUAAGUGAUAUUUUAUAAGCAGAUGAACAACUGUACAGAAAUAUUUUUUUCUCGGUUAAUGGUUUUUUUUCAGCUCUUCCCUCCCCUCCCCUCCCCUCUGCAUGACCUAUUUCCUUGAUUACCUUUUGAGCUCCUGAUCAGGUGAGCCAAGGCUUUCAACAUUUUGCUAUAUAUAAACGCAGUGUGCUUUGCAUUUUAAGCUCGUCGGAAGCAAUUAACUACAAGUGAUCAUCGAAAAACUGGUUGGAGUCAUCCCUGUUUCCAGUUGUCAGAAAAAGAAAUGGAAGUAAGGGGUGUCCUAUUUGUGAUUGAAACAGAAGAGAAAAAAUGGAAUUUAACUUUUCACUUAGACCAUAAUAAUGCACUUUGUUUAAGCCAGAGAGGUGAUCAAAGAUCAAGAAAGAAGACUUUAAGAAAAAGCAGAAAAAAUAAUAAUAAUAAACAGGUAACAAAGCCUUGAGAGGAUAGCUGCCCAUCUCCAAAUGAUGGCUGGUCAGUUAGACUGCUUGGCUAACAAGAUUUUCUAAAAGACAGUCUAAAAUACUGUAAGAAAGAAGACAAAAUUGCAAAUAAAAUUGAGUGGAACCUUUAUUUGUCUUUUCAGUUAAAUUAGGUGUUCUUUAUGUACAUCAUUUCCAUUCUUUCUUCUCAUUUUGCACCCUUUUCUCAUGGAUCUGCUUCUCCUUCAGGGUCUAGACUCUGUGUCUUCUAUUCAUCCCCUUCCUAACUUUCUGUACAAAAAUAAGAUAGAUUUAAUCAAAUAAAUAAUAAGUUGUCAGAUUGUUAUAGCAAGAACAAAACUACAGUAGAUACCAAGUACCUUCCCUUUUAAUGCUAUAUGAGCAUCUAGUAACCCACAAUAAUCUCUAACUCCUAUUAUUUGGCCCACCUUAAAGAUGCAUACAAGAUCAUUAAACACCAUGGCAGUUUAAAUCAACACAGAAGGUUGUACAACUGAGACCUCAUUUACCACCCCCCCCCCCUAUUGCUAGUAAAUUAAACUGUAAAACUAAGACCAAGCUGCGAGCAUUGAAUGGACAGCGUAAUGAAAACAGAAGCCUAGUCAUGAAUGUAAACAAACAUGAAGAAUAAGCAAUAGUGUUGAAAUGACAGCAUGUACACUGAUGUCUGGUCAAUUUGCAAUGUCAAACAGUCAAAAAUAAUCUUAUGCUGCUGUGAUUAUUGAACUUAUGUGUGGUUAUUAAACAUCUGCUAAAACAAAAACCUUUUUCCCCUCACAAUGUGCCUGGCCUAAAACAAUAAAUAACACCGACACUAUAGAUGUUCAUACAUCUUUUUUGAGCUCGAUUAUGUUUACUAAACUCAUGUGAUGUGGUCAUUGAAUUUUAUGAAUGAGAUCUAAAAUAAUUAUUCAUUAUCGAUACAUUUUGUUUAUUAUUAAUACAGACUUAAACCCUGAGCGAGAUAAUAUAUUUGAUGUGAAAAGGUAAGAACAAGCUUAAAAUUAAGGUCGUCAGUCAUAAAAGAACAGUUUCAUCGCAAAAAAAAACACAACCGGACAAUUUACUAAAUUUUUUAUUUUGCAGAACGAACCAGAGCCCAAAAGAUAUGGUUUGUAUUAAAUAAAAAUACCAACCAUUCAAAUUACGUUCAAGCCAGUGUUAGUAUAAAGCAUUACAGAAAGCUUAAACAAUUUAAAACUAUUUAAACUUGAGCUAUACUUUUAGCGGCCACAAAUGUGUGCCACCAUUUUGAUCAACAAGAGCAUAAGAGCACUUGGGGAAUAUUAUGAUUGUCAAAGGCAAGUUUACUCAUACUUACAUUUCCUGUUAUACGCUCUUCUUAUUCUUCCUAUUCAUCGCCAGUGAACUUUCUUGAAAUACAAAGAAAAUUUCUCUGUUCUUGCCCGCAAGAAGACGUAGCCACAUGCGUAUAGAUUUUCCAAAUCGAAUGUAGCGAUCACCAAGCAAAUCUUCGCGCAUGCUCAGACGUUUGACCGCGGUGGAUAAUAAAGGUCAUAAACUGUCCUCGGUCAAUUAUCUCCAUUCCAGGGAGGGGACAUGUAUAUCUGUCAGCCUUUUAUGACGUCUCUUAUGGGGCCAAUGACCAAGUUAAAUAAACAAAAUUUCCGAAAAUAAAAUUAAGAGAGUUUGUUUCCUUAAUAUUUUUCUUCUUUUAUGUUUAUUAUUACUUAAAUGUAUCUGUAACGAUUCAAAACAAGCUAAACACUUUCCUUACUCCCUUGGUAUUUUCCAAUACAAAUUACAUGACAUAUGUUUCGUCACAAUGAGCCACGCAAUCACCCGUGUGAGCAGAGUUCAAAAUGGGUAUGUUUUCUGUUUUCUGCGUGCUAAUAUCCUAGAAUUUUAACUUAUUUCUCAGGCGAUUGUUAUGUUAUCUACGCAGGGAGCUUCUUUUCUAGUUUAUUUUCUUCGCUGUUUGGUCAGAAAGAGUUGCGAAUCCUUAUCUUAGGGCUUGACGGAGCAGGAAAAACUACAAUUCUAUACCGGUGAGUUGCAUCGCCUAAUUCUUGUGUUUUGUGGAUUGAAGUUCAAUCUAUAAACUCAAAUCAUUUUUGUGCCUUUCAGAUUGCAAGUGGGUGAAGUAGUUACAACGAUACCAAGUAAGAAUAAAAUAUAACAGUAUUAUUCAAGAAUAUCAAUUUUAAGUUGGGUUUUUCAACCUUUAUUCAAAAUUUCUAGUUUUGCAAUAGAUUAAAUGUAAUUUGUUUUCUACAAAGGUGCUAGGAAAAUUAUGAAAACUAACAAAUUUUAGCGUCGAUUGUCGGUAACUGACAAGCAAGUUCAAUUAAAGACUCGUGUUAAGUUAUAAAGAUCAAUGUGUUUUGGUGCAAAAAUUUAGUAAACGUUUCAGAUUUCAAUGUAUUUUGUACUAUUUUUGGUGUGACUUAAUUGUGUUAUUUUCUUCGUUUUGCAGCAAUAGGAUUUAAUGUUGAGACAGUUACCUACAAGAAUCUUAAAUUUCAAGGUAAGGGGAAAUGCUUUAACUUUAUUUAUUAUAUAGACACAAGUGUUUUACUGGAAAAUAUACCACUCGUAAAAUUCAUAAAAACUACAUCCAGGACCCGAGUGGUUUAUUUUCUAUAAUCUCACACGUGAGUUUAUCGUUGACCUAAUUUCGGUCAUUUCUCUUUAUUAUUUUAUCGAUGUCUUUUUGUCUAUAUAACAAAAAGAACAUUACACGGCAACUUGAAGAUAUGAAUUUUAUUUUCUUGUGGCAAAAAGAAUAUUUUACUCACUCGCUGCGCUUGUUCAUAAAAUAUUGUUUUGCCACUCGAAAAUAAAAUUCAUAUCUUCACGCCACCGUGUAAUAUCCUCUAUAUAGAGAAAUUUUAAAAGCCAAACACAGGUUAUAAACUUAAGUUAAACACAAGAGGGAACAUGACAAAAAAAAAAAUGUAAUUUUGAUGUAAAGUUGAUGUCCGAACCUACAGCUGCAAGUGAGUCAAGGUUAAGAACAAAUUCAAAGUAACAAUGUUUGCUAUUGACGAAGCAACUAUCAUACAAAUUAAAGUGACCAUUGCAUUGCCAUUCCGAUCAUGUUUGACAUAAUAGUCAUACAGUGGCAGAGAAAUCCACCAAAAUAGUGUGUGCACAUUCAGAUUUUUUUUGUUUUGCUGAUUAAACCUAUGGCUUUUUUAUUUAAUUGCUUGCGUUGUCAUUGUCAUAGUUGCUCAAGCUCGCUAGGAGUGUUACCAUGCAGCCAGUGCAAAACAAUUCUUGAUAAAAAUAUGCCCAAUGAAAAUAACAUCCAUACAUACCCAUAGAGAGGCUGUAGGUUACAUGUAAGUCUCAGGGGCUGUGAGAAAAACAUUCCAAGCACAUGAUCAAUCAACUAGGGUGCUGGUGUUCCUCUGUUACAAGUUAUGGUUGAUUAACAGGCCAAGUAAAACAGCACUAGAGAGGAAAAUACAUGUCUGAAGGAGCCGCUCACCUCUAAGAAUGAUGUCCAUAUCCACUGGAAAUUUUCAUCAACACUCCAUAAUCUUAUUUCAUUGGCAUGGACAAAUGUUAUAUUUACCACCCAGGGGUGUCAAUUUUGAGACAGUAUUAUAUUAGCUGGCAUUGAUAAUUUUUUUUAAGGUAUAUACAAUUAAGUUAAGUAACAAAAGCUCAGAGGUACAUUUAUCACAGCUGCCAACUUCUUCCUUGAAAUUAUUAUUUUUUACUUGCCUCAACUCUCUGUCAGUUUCACCGUCCAAGAUGGCGGGAGAGCAUUUGUCCUAAAAAUAACAUCAAUGUUUACACUACAAAAUAUGCCUACUUUGCAGGCUAAUAGUUUCUGAAAUGUUCAGCUCUUUACUCUUAAAGGCAAUGGGACAACUCCAGCAGAGGCACUUUUAGAUUUUAAUGCCUUAAUUUGUAUCUACUAAUUUUACCCCUAAAAGCUAUACCAAAACCACCAUCUAUUUAUAGUCCCCACGCAUAAUAAUGUGUGUACUACAUACUGUAGUAAGAAGAAAAUCAACCUCUGUGCACCAGUGAGGGUACAUUUGCCAGCAUCAUGCACAACAAGUUCAAACUCUUCCCAUAACCAUUUGUAUCUUUGAUGCACUGCAAAAUAAUGAUAUUGUUUUCCUUUAUAGAAAACACUGACCUUACAAAAAGCUUACAUGUAUAUUUUGUCCUUUGUUUCAUGUGAACUGUACAGUUUGGGAUCUAGGAGGUAAGAAAGUUUUGUUCAUUUUGAUGAACAGUGGUUAAUUUUCCAUUAAAAUACAAAAUUUUUUUGAAGUCAUUUUAUGUGCUGACUGAUUUUUUUAAUUUUGAUGUUUAAUUUCUUUUUUUCAGGUCAAACAAGCAUAAGGCAAGUGUCUUUUUAUUAUAGAAUUGUUGUUUUGAACAUUUUGAAGGUAGAUGAAAUACAUUAGCUGUUUACUUUAUUCUUUUUAUCUAUUUAGUUAUUUAUACAUCAGUUUCACUACUGUCACAUGCUCUCCUCUUAAAAUAAAGUUUAUUGAUUGAUUGAUUGAAAAAUCCCGGGUUGUUUUGUAAAAUCCUUGAAAAUAGAUAGCACCAUGCAAACAUUCUGUCAAAAAGGUUUCAUUUGAAUGGUAACAUCAUAGGAUUUGGGCAAAAGAAUCAAAAGUUAGAUCUACAUAUAUAGUAUAUAGCUACUAAAAUAAAUAACACCAUACAAAAUUUGUCAAAAAGGUUUAAUUUAUUUGAAUGUUAACAUAAUAGGAUUUGAAAGUAUGGGUUUAAACUAAAGUCUAGGACAACCAGAUUUUUCUGAGUUUCAUUGUAUUUUUAUCUUUGCAGACCUUACUGGAGAUGUUACUAUUCCAAUACAGAUGCUAUAAUAUAUGUGGUUGACAGUGUGGACAAGGACAGAAUAGGCAUUUCAAAACAAGAAUUAAUUGCUAUGUUAGAGGUAUGAGCCAUCUCAGUGUUAAAGGUUCUUUUUCUUCCAGGAGAUACACACAGCCAUUAAUUUUCCUGUUGGGGUUUCAGAUUCAGGGCUUCUGAUAUUUUGCGGAAAAAAAAGCAAAAUUUCGCGGGAUUUUCAGGGGCAAAUAUUCGCGGAAAAAUCGGACGAUUUCGCGGGAAAAAAGUCAAAAUUCGUGAAAAAAUCGGCCGAUUUUGCGGGAUUUUAUCGGAAAAAAGUCAAAUUUCGGAGGAUUUUGGGUUAAAUUCUUAGAAAAAUCGGCCAAUUUCACGGGAAAUUUCGGGGGGAAACUUCGCCAAGAAACAAUCAGUAAAAAACAGCCGAUUUUGCUGGAUUUUUUUUUUGGCAAAUUUCGCUAAAAUCGAUCAAUAAUUCUGCAUCGAUAUGACCAGCGUUGUUUAACGUUGUUUUUUUAACAGGGAUAAUCAUUUGCUCUUUCAACAACAGUUUGCUCGAGAAUUGAGCGAAUGCUAAAGCUAUUAACAUUAUGGUUAGUGCCCAGUUUUUCGCAACAUUAAUCUAAGAACGCCUGGUAGUUUUGGGACGUUGUUUAUUCGUUGCAUUGACGAAGAUUCAAGAUAAAUUUGGAUGUUUAGGGUGAAUAAAACAGGUCUAAUGGCCAAGAUAAGUAUUAAAUAUGUUUUGCCGACAAGUAUUUGGAAAUAUUUGUGGCGGAUUUCGCGGUAUUUCGCGUUUUUGGGGUAAUUUCGCGGGAUUUCGCGGAAAUACCUGAAUUUCGCGGGUCCGCGACCGCGCGAAAUAUCAGAAGCCCUGCAGAUUAGGUCUUAAGUUUGAGUUUAUACCCCUGAAAAAUGGCUGCCUCCAAAACCUUUUGUCAGAAAGACAAACUGCUGUUUUCUACACCCUCCUCCCUGCCUCUUUCUGCCACAAAAACUGAAGGUAGUCACCAUGAGUAUAUCGUUACUGCCAACUGGAAUUUGCCACAAAGACAAAUAUCAAACAAUUUGAUGGAAUUUCGUGAAUAACCUUUACGAACCACAUGCACUCUAGAACUGAUUAACAGCAAAAAUGUACUGUUGAUUCAACAUUUAUGAUAAAUGUUGUAUUGAUAAUGCCUAAAAACCUAAAGUUCCACCAUGCUUCUCAAAGAAGUCUGUCUUUGUUUGCAACCCCACAAGAAUCCACUGAGACUAAAUUUUCAGACCACACUACCUAAAGUUGCUUGUUCAACUAGACAGUAAAAUAGUAAACACUUAAAGUCACUGAUCAGAUUAAUUGUCACCUAACUUUGUAAAGUUAGAUGUAAAAAUUGUUGGUACAUUGAUCAUAUUUUCAUCAUUUGUCUUUCACAGGAAGAUGAACUUAAAAAAGCAAUUCUAGUGGUUUUUGCCAAUAAACAGGUAAGAGCUAGUGAUUUUAAACUCUGGUCAAAAUGGAGAAUGUUAAGGCUAGUGUGCAGGUCGGAGAAAGUUUGAGGAUUUCAUUAGUGAGAUUUUUUUUUCUUAUCACGAAGGAUAUGGAAGGUGCCAUGUCAGCUUCUGAAGUAUCUAAUGCACUUGGUCUUUCUGCGCUGAAGAGCCGAACAUGGUCCAUAUUUAAAACCUCUGCAACCAAGGGAGAAGGUCUUGAUGAAGCAAUGGAAUGGUGA